CGGGAGGCUAUACCAUUCCCUGCGUAAUCACCGUUUUUGUCCUAAUUCACACGUACAGUUUUCCAAGAUCACGCGUUCUCAUUUCAGCCAUAAAAAGAUUCCUCUGUCUCUACUACUGCUUAACUGCUGUUUAUACCGUCGCGUUCUCGAAGGACCCCCGCCAUUCCCGAAUGGUCCGUACCAACUUCACCUCCGGUGCUAGGUGUCAUGGCGGCCUCGAGAGUCUAGUGCGAGUUUGUACCUGUGCUGGGGCGGGUCCGGAGCCCACAACCGGAAACCCAGCGAGUCACCAUUACUUUAAGUACUGCAAAAUCUCAGCAUUGGCUCUACUGAAAAUGGUGAUGCAUGCCAGAUCAGGAGGCAACUUGGAAGUGAUGGGCUUGAUGCUGGGAAAGGUGGAUGGUGAAACCAUGAUCAUUAUGGACAGUUUUGCUUUGCCUGUAGAGGGCACUGAAACCCGAGUAAAUGCUCAGGCUGCUGCAUAUGAGUAUAUGGCCGCAUACAUAGAAAAUGCCAAACAGGUCGGCCGCCUUGAAAAUGCAAUUGGCUGGUAUCAUAGCCACCCUGGCUAUGGCUGCUGGCUUUCUGGGAUUGAUGUUAGUACUCAGAUGCUCAAUCAGCAGUUCCAGGAACCAUUUGUAGCCGUGGUAAUUGACCCAACAAGAACAAUAUCUGCAGGGAAAGUGAAUCUUGGAGCCUUUAGGACAUACCCAAAGGGCUACAAGCCUCCUGAUGAAGGACCUUCUGAGUACCAGACUAUCCCACUUAAUAAAAUAGAAGACUUUGGUGUACACUGCAAACAAUAUUAUGCCUUAGAAGUCUCAUAUUUCAAAUCCUCUUUGGAUCGCAAAUUGCUUGAGCUUUUGUGGAAUAAAUACUGGGUGAAUACGCUGAGUUCCUCUAGCUUGCUUACUAAUGCAGACUAUACCACCGGUCAGGUGUUUGAUUUGUCUGAAAAAUUAGAACAGUCAGAAGCCCAGCUGGGACGAGGGAGUUUCAUGUUGGGUCUAGAAACACAUGACCGAAAGUCAGAAGACAAACUUGCCAAAGCUACACGAGACAGCUGUAAAACUACCAUAGAAGCUAUCCAUGGAUUGAUGUCUCAGGUUAUUAAGGAUAAACUGUUUAAUCAAAUUAACAUCUCUUAAAAAAAUCACUAAGUAGUACUUUUGCCUGAAAGCCAGUAUGAGAAAAAUACUCAAGUAACACUUUGAAACCAGUUACCAAAAACCUGAUUAGAGGAAUAAGGUGCUCUGAAGUAUCCUAAAUAUUAACAUCCUAUAAUAAAAUUCUUUAAAAUAAAA